AUGACACGAACAGCAUCUUCGUCGCCCAAAAGGCGAUAUGCCCUCGUGGGCACCGGGGGCCGUGCCGGAAUGUUCUACACCAGUCUGGCCCGCGAAUUCAGCGAGACCAGUGAGCUGGUGGCCCUGUGCGACACCAACCAGACCCGGCUCAACUACGCCCGCUCCAAGGUCGAGAGCCUCGGAGGAGGGGUAGUGCCAACCUAUCUGGCCGCCGACUUCGACCGGAUGGUGGCAGAAACGCGACCAGACGAGAUCAUCGUCACGACCAUCGACCGCACGCACCACACAUACAUCGUGCGGGCCAUGGAGCUGGGCUGCAAUGUGGUGACGGAGAAGCCGAUGACGAUCGACGCGCCGCGAUGCCGGGAGAUCUUCGACGCGGUGGAGCGGACGCAGCGGAAGGUGCGCGUUACCUUCAACUAUCGAUAUGCGCCGCAUAACAGCAAGAUAUUCGAGGUCCUUCGGUCCGGAGCCAUCGGCACAGUAACGAGUGUGCAUUUCGAGUGGAUGCUGAAUACCCAGCACGGCGCCGACUACUUCCGGCGCUGGCACCGCGACGCCCGGAACAGCGGCGGCCUGCUGAUCCACAAGUCCACCCACCACUUCGACCUGGUCAAUUGGUGGCUGCAGUCGCGCCCGGCCACCGUCUUUGCGCAGGGCGACCUGCGCUUCUACGGCAAGGAGAACGCGGAGAGUCGCGGGGUGCGCCAGUUCUACACCCGCGCCCACGGCAGCCCCGCCGCCCAGGACGACCCCUUCGCCCUCCACCUCGACCGCAACCCUACUCUCAAGGCCCUCUACCUCGACGCCGAGCACGAGGACUCCUACUACCGCGACCAGAGCGUCUUCAGCGACGGCAUCAGCAUCGAGGAUACAAUGAAUGUGAUCGUCCGCUACGAGAACCGUGCCGUCCUGACCUACUCCCUGACGGCCUACGCCCCCUGGGAAGGCUUCCGCGUCAGCUUCAACGGGACCGGCGGGCGACUCGAGGCCGAGGUGGUCGAGAGCAGCUACGUCAACUCCGGGGGCGAGCAGGCCCAAGAGGGUGCGGCGGAGCGCAUCACCCUGCUGCUGCGCCCGCUGUUCGAGCCGCCACGGGAGAUCGAGGUCAAGCAGACGGCGGGUGGGCAUGGCGGAGGGGAUACCCUCAUGCUCCGGGAGCUAUUCGGCGGUGGCACUUCGGAGCAGGAUGACUUCAAGCGCGCAGCGAACCAUGUCAACGGCGCUGCCUCCAUCCUGACCGGCAUGGCGGCGAACCGCGCCAUUCGCACCGGGCAGGUCGUCCACGUCGCCGACCUUCUCACGCUGCCCUAG